CAAACAAACAAUGCAUUGAAAGAGAACUAUUUAUAAAGUAUUUCCUUAACCUUAGUUCAUUUCAGUCCGCCCCACCCGAAGAAAGUGUACAGGUAAACGCCUUAGUCAUGCCGGCCUUGACAGGGAAAUCGGUGACAUUGACCGUGUUUGCUGUUUUAUGUUUAAUAAUAGUUCUGGAAUAUGGAGUUAUCAUUGGAAUAUUUCCCUUUGACCAAUGGACGAACGUACAGAAGAAGUUAUUGUACACAUACAGGAUGCAUCACAACACAUCUAUAAUGCAAGUGUCGCCGAUGCCAAUUUACCAGCAACAAGCUAGGUGUGUUUCCCCUACGACAACGGUGGCAUUCUUGAAGACAUACAAGACAGGGAGUACAACAAUUUCAUCAAUAUUAAUACGUUUUGGACUCAGUCACAACCUGUCGUUCGUCAUUCCCGCACACCAUAAUCCAGGUUAUUUUUCAAGAACAGUACGGUUCAACAGUGAAAUGCAAAAACACCUGUCCCCACCACUUCCAGGCUCCCGAUACAGUAUGUUAGUUAGCCAUGUUCCAUUCAAUAAAACGGCAAUCAACAAUGUGAUUCCAAAUGCUACAUUUAUAACAAUAUUACGUCAUCCUGUAGCUACAUAUGAGUCAAUUUUUGGAUUUUUUAAAAUUCCUCGCAUCCUUCACUUACGGACCAAUGGUAGACAAGAUCCAUUCAGAAUGUUUUUAUCCAAUACAAGCCUAUAUUACAAACGCCUUGGGAGCAUGUACUACAAAACAUUAUUGAGAAAUAGACAAAUGUUUGAUGUCGGACUUGACCCACAAAACAAUGACAAUGAAACACUCCGUUUAUGCUGGGAAUUUGAAGACAUUUUAUAUAUACAGCAGAAUACGAGAAACGACGGACUAAGAUGGGAAAUUAAUGAUUGGAAACGACAACGAAUAUUGGAAAUAAACAGCGCUGAUUAUAAACUGUGUCAACACUUCAACAAAACAUUCUGGCAAAAGGUUAGGGCAUACGGUGACAGUUUUUACCAAGACUUGGCAACAUUUCGAGAUAUGUUACAGAAGGUGGGUGUGGAGUGUUUUGAUGAAGGUAGAUAUGUUAUUGACUAUGGAAAUCGCAGAAAUAGAACACUUUUGAAAAGCAACGCACCGAGUUACUGCUCCAAGAUAGAGAGCUGGGGUUUUGAUGAAAUCGCUCCAAGACAGAACAGAAAAGAACCUAAAAAAACACUCCACAAGAUUCGAAAACGUGGCCGUACAAAAGUUGCUUAA